AUUCUAUUUUUUUAAUAAUUUUUAAAUAUAUCUUAACUAUUUGGUUGUUUAAUCUUAUGAUUUAUAUUGGCCGAUGAUUUCUAAUGUGGGUGCUGAAGUUCUACUGAAAGAACGUACAUACAGAGAGAGAGAGAGAGAGAGAGAGACGAGGGAGAGAGUGAGAUUUGGCGGAGAUGCCUCUCUGAUCAAUUGAUGCCCCCACCAUAUUCCCCCUUCUGUUCCCCCUAUUCCACCAAUAUAGCUCCGAAUCCCCCUCUUCCCCCGCUUCCAUCACCACUCCUCUUUCCCUCCGAUUUACUGUUAUUCUCCGAGGCGGUUGUUGGAGGCCGCGCCGCCUUCACGGGUCUCCCCUUCUCCUCCAUUAAUCCCAGAUCCCCCCUUGCCCCCGAGAUCCAUAAACCAUAGAUUUCGAUUGGAAGCCAGAAUAGGGGAACGAUGAAGAGAGAGCAUCAGGAGAGCGGCGGCGGAGUUGGAGGGUAUCCGGCGGCGGAGAUGCUGUCGAGCGGCAAGGGCAAGAUGACGGCGAUGGAGGAGCAGGACGGUGGAGUGGAUGAGCUCUUGGCCGCGCUCGGGUACAAGGUCCGGUCCUCGGACAUGGCGGACGUCGCCCUGAAGCUCGAGCAGCUCGAGAUGGCCAUGGGCAGCAGCGCCGCUCAGGACGACGCCUUCCUCUCCCACCUCGCCUCCGACACCGUCCACUAUAACCCUUCCGACCUCUCCACCUGGCUCGAGAGCAUGCUCUCCGAGCUCAACACCCCGCCUCCUCCCCUCCCCUCCGCCUCGAUUCCAAACCACCAAAGUAACCACCUCGAUCUGCCGCCGGUCCCCGCCGCUGUAGCUCCGGCCUCCAUUCUCGAUCCGGCGGAGUGCUCUACUGUGACCACCGUCGACUUGCCAACCCCACGGCGCCAGUCGGAGUACGAUCUCAAGCCCAUCCCCUCCGCCGUCACCGCCGCCCCCGGCCGCAUCGUGUACGGACCGGAGCCGCCGGUGGAGCUGAACGCACGGGAUCGCAAGCGGAUGAGGACCUCAUCCUCUUCCUCGUCUUCGUCUCGAGCAGGAGGUAUUGGAGUAGUAGGAGUAGGAGGGAUGGGAUCGUCGAUGCCUUCCGCGACGGAGGUGUCGUCGAUGGUUGCGGGGCCGGCAGCGGGGGCGCUGCCGGUGGUGGUUGUAGACUCGCAGGAAGCCGGGAUCCGGCUGGUCCACACGCUGAUGGCCUGCGCGGAGGCGGUGCAGGAGGAGAACCUCAAAGCGGCGGACGCGCUGGUGAAGCAGAUCUCGGUGCUCGCCACCUCCCAGGGCGGCGCGAUGCGCAAGGUGGCUGGUUUCUUCGCCGAGGCUUUGGCCCGCCGCAUCUACCGCGUUCACCCCCAGCAGGACUGCUCCCUCGACUCCGCCUUCUCCGAUAUGCUCCAGAUGCACUUCUACGAGAGCUGCCCCUACCUCAAGUUUGCCCACUUCACCGCCAACCAGGCCAUCCUCGAGGCCUUCGCCGGCUGCCGCCGAGUUCACGUUAUUGACUUCGGGAUGAAGCAGGGGAUGCAGUGGCCGGCACUGAUGCAAGCCCUUGCCCUCCGGCCCGGCGGUCCGCCGUCGUUCCGGCUCACCGGCAUCGGCCCUCCCCAGCCCGACAACACCGACGCCCUCCAGCAGGUUGGCUGGAAGCUCGCCCAGUUCGCUGAAACCAUCCACGUCGACUUCCAGUACCGUGGCUACGUUGCCAACAGCCUUGCGGACCUCGAACCAGGCAUGCUGGGGGCCGAGGCCACCGGCGGCGGGAACAACGGUGGAGACGAGGAGCCGGAGGCUGUGGCCGUCAAUUCGGUUUUGGAGCUCCACCGUCUUCUAGCCCGGCCGGGCGCGCUGGAGAAGGUUUUGGGCACUGUCCGGGCGGUCCGGCCGAGGAUCGUGACGGUGGUCGAGCAGGAGGCGAAUCACAACGCGGGCUCCUUCCUGGAGCGGUUCACGGAGGCGCUGCACUAUUACUCAACCAUGUUCGACUCGCUGGAGGGCGGGUGCACCGCGGCGGCGGCGGAGGUGGCCGCUGGCGGGGGGCAGCAGGACCGGGUGAUGUCGGAGGUCUACCUCGGGCGGCAGAUUUGUAACGUGGUGGCUUGCGAGGGGGCGGAGCGGACGGAGCGACACGAGACAUUGGGCCAGUGGCGUGGCCGGAUGACCCGGGCCGGGUUCGAGCCGGUCCAUCUGGGGUCCAAUGCGUUCAAACAAGCCAGCAUGCUCCUGGCCCUCUUCGCUGGCGGCGAUGGCUAUCGCGUGGAGGAGAAGGACGGAUGCUUGACCCUCGGGUGGCACACGCGCCCGCUCAUCGCCACCUCCGCCUGGCGCGUCGCCACCGGCGACGCCCUCUCCGUGGCCCGCUGACCAACCCCGACGCCCUCUCCGCGGCCCGCUGACCAACCCACGGUCUCCAUCGGAACGCGGCAAGGGCAGCCGUCCGAUGAUGCUCCUUCCCUUCUCUUUCUCUCUCUCUCCUACGCUGGUGACCCCAGGUGGGUCCACCGGUUCAGGGUAAUUGAUGAUGCUGCGGUGCGCUGAAUCUGGGUCAGCCCCGGCUCGGGGCUCGCCCCGGACCCCAUCUCUCCCCCUUCUUUCACUUCCUUUUUUUUUUUUGUAUUUUUUAUUUUUAUUUCCUUUUGUUAAGUUAAUUUUGGUUUUUGUUAGCUUCCUUGGAAUAUUAUCAUGUGUAUCUACCAUCUGCCUUAUUUUCUAAAUAAAAGAAGAAGAGCUGUUUUUUUAUUUAAAAAAACUAAAAA